AGUGUGGAGGGAGGGGGUGUGGAGCCAAGGAGCUGCACUGGAGAGAGGGAGAAAGGGAGAAGACACGUCGAGGGAGGGGAAAAGGUCAGGGACACGGGGGGGUUUAUCGCACUGCCAGAAAUAAGGCGAGUGUCUACACAAACGGUUUGGCAGACGGACCCACGGAGACGAGGUGAAAUAAAGCAGCAAACCCCACUAUCCUCCACGGAGAGUUUUCCGAAAGGACUACUGUGGAUUUUACGCAUCGUCCACUCAUCCACAGACACUCUUCUGGGCUUUGGUUGAAGUCCGGCCGUGUUUUGGUCCGUGCGUAAUUUGGAGCGUUUAUUGCCACGCUGCAUCAGGAUGCGCGUCUGUCCGGUGCUGCUCUUCCUCUGCCUGGUGUGCGCUGGGAGCACGCAGAAGUUCUCCGCUCUCACGUUCCUGCGGGUGGAUCAGGAUAAGGAGUGCAACAUGGAAUGCAGCGGAGCUCCUCGCAAACCCCUGUGCGCCUCCGACGGCAGGACUUUCACAUCUCGCUGCGAGUUCCUCCGAGCCAAGUGCCGCGACCCCCAGCUGGAGGUCAUCCGAGGGCCAUGCAAAGAUACAUCCAGAUGUGUAGCAGAGAAGAAGUACACAGAGCAGCAGGCCAAGAAGCUCUUCCCUCAGGUCUUUGUGCCUGUAUGCAACCCUGAUGGCACAUACAGUGAGGUUCAGUGCCACAGCUACACCGGAUACUGCUGGUGCGUCACCCCCAAUGGACGUCCAAUCAGCGGCUCGGCGGUGGCCAACAAAAAACCACGAUGCCAAGGAUCAAAACAGGAGAGAGCGACUACGAGAGAGCCAGGAAAAGCAGUCUCCUUGCAAAUAUUCUCCAUUCUAAAUGCAGAUGAGACUGGCUUAGUGGUGGAUCCACAACCUCCCGCAGAUGAAGAAGACAUCAUUUCCCAGUACCCCACUCUGUGGACGGAGCAGGUUCGCAGCCGACAGAACAAUAGAACCAGAGCGCCAUCGUCGUCAUGUGACCAGGAGCAGCAGUCGGCCCAGGAGGAGGCCAGGCAGCACAAGAACGACGCCGUGUUCGUACCGGACUGCGCCCAGGGGGGGCUGUACAAACCGGUCCAGUGCCACCCGUCCACCGGUUACUGCUGGUGUGUGUUAGUGGACACUGGACGGCCCAUACCCGGAACCUCCACCAGGUAUGAACAGCCAAAGUGUGACGGCAACGCCAGGGCACAUCCAACGAAACCUAAGGACCACUAUAGAAGCAGACAUCUGCAAGGCUGUCCUGGGGCAAAGAAAACAGAGUUCCUGACAAGUGUUCUUGACGCUCUGUCGACAGACAUGGUGCACGCCGUCACAGAUCCAGCGUCCGCCGGAAGGAUGGCUGAACCCGACCCAAAUCACACCCUGGAGGAACGGGUAGUUCACUGGUAUUUCAGUCAACUGGACAAAAACUCCAGUGGCGACAUCGGAAAGAAGGAAAUCAAGCCUUUCAAACGCUUCCUGCGCAAGAAAUCCAAGCCAAAGAAGUGUGUGAAGAAGUUUGUCGAAUACUGCGACAUCAGCAACGAUAAGGCUCUGUCUCUGCAGGAGCUGAUGGGAUGUCUGGGCGUCACCAAGGAAGAAGGGGCCAAAAUAGGGGAAGGCUUAUCCUCCAGUAAACUUAAUCCUUCAAAGAAGCAAGGUUAAGCCAACAACAAAGCGUUCCCCUCCCACAUGGAGACUCUGCCCUCACCAAUCGGCAAUAAUGGAAACCAUAGUAUUUGCACUUUGUACUUUAAAAGAAAUGUAAAUUCACUUUGUAGAAAUAAGGUAUUUAAACAGACUGCUGAAUCUGUGAAUGAUGUAGUUAGCUUUUUAUGUCCUGACAAACGAAAAUUAUUUAACACAUACAAUGUAUGUGUCUUUGUGUUUCUAAACGUAUACUUUUCAGAGUUGUACAAGUUUUCAUGUCUGAUGUUGCAUUUUGUUCCCCUUCCUCCCAGUGUAUUUGUUCCCAGUGUUGAUGGUGUUAAAUCAGUUUUAUGGAUAGUUUACGACAAGAACGUAGAUCUGACCACGUCUCAUGUACUGACCUGUAGCGUCUCUGAGAUCUGUACAGCAGUUUACAAAAUGUUUUAAACAGACAUCAUAAAAGUGUCCUUCAUGUCCACAUGUAUUCAUGUUUAUUAGAAAUAAAGAUCUCUUUUAUACA